AGCAUCGAACGUGCUCUGUCGCCUAUUUCUGCCUAUGCUAUUAUCAUAUACAUCCAUGGCUGUCGCUGACUUCCGUGAUGUAAACACCAUGAGUCUAAGAGAAAUCAACGAGAACGUGAAGCUGGCCCGCGAAUAUGCCUUGCUGGGAAACUACAGCUCGGCCAGUGUUCUCUAUCAUGGAUUACUAGAUCAAAUCAAAAAGUAUGUGUACACUGUGCGGGACAGCAGUGUUCAGCAGAGAUGGCAGCAGUUGUGGCAAGAAAUCAGUGAAGAGAAUCGGCAAGUUCAGGACAUAAUGUCGACUCUGGAGAACUUUCAGCUGGACACGACGCCUGCUAAACCCAGUAACCACGAUGACUGUGAAAUAAGGCCUGUGCAUGUGGAACAGAGACAUUCUCCUUGUCCUGUCAGGCGUCCUGCUAACCCCUAUAAAGACAGCAAACCUCCCAACAACAGGCUGAGCGUGGCUGUGAGGGCCCAGCAGAGGCACUCGUCUCGCGGGUCCAACGGGGACAGGAGCAAACUAGCCAAGGGCAAAGAAAAGAAGGAGUCCAAAGAGCCGAAGGAGGCCGCUGGCAAAUCAAAGGAUGAUAAGAACAAAGCAGAUGUCCAGGAGAAGGAAGUGAAAAAGUUUGACGGGACAGGAUAUGAUAAAGACCUCGUGGAAGCUUUGGAGAGAGAUAUUAUAUCUGAGAAUCCAAAUGUUAAAUGGGACAACAUUGCAGACUUGGAAGAUGCAAAAAAACUCCUGAAAGAAGCGGUUGUGUUGCCGAUGUGGAUGCCAGCAUUUUUCAAAGGCAUACGAAGACCAUGGAAGGGAGUGCUUAUGGUGGGACCUCCAGGCACGGGGAAAACACUUUUGGCUAAAGCAGUUGCUACCGAGUGCAGAACCACAUUCUUCAACGUCUCCUCAUCUACUCUCACCUCCAAGUACAGAGGGGAGUCUGAGAAGCUAGUUCGACUUCUCUUUGAAAUGGCCCGUUUUUACGCUCCCACUACGAUCUUCAUUGAUGAAAUUGACUCCAUGUGCAGCCGCAGAGGGACUUCAGAGGAACAUGAGGCCAGCCGGAGAGUCAAGGCAGAGCUGCUGGUGCAGAUGGAUGGUGUCGGUGGAGCAUCGGAAAACGAUGAUCCAUCAAAGAUGGUGAUGGUGUUGGCUGCCACCAACUUCCCAUGGGACAUCGAUGAGGCUCUGAGAAGACGGCUGGAGAAGAGGAUCUACAUCCCUCUGCCAUCAGCGGAAGGGCGAGUGGAGCUGCUCCGGAUCAACCUGAAGGAGCUGGAGGUGGCCAGCGACGUGGACUUGGACAAGAUCUCCGAGCAGAUGGAGGGUUACUCAGGAGCCGACAUUACCAAUGUGUGCAGGGAUGCCUCUCUGAUGGCCAUGAGGCGAAGAAUCGAGGGCCUCACCCCAGACGAGAUCCGUAAUAUUUCCCGGGACGAGAUGCACAUGCCCACCACCAUGGAGGACUUUGAGUCUUCUCUGAAGAAAGUGUCCAAAUCUGUGUCCAAAUCUGACCUGGAGAAGUAUGAAAAGUGGAUCGAAGAGUUUGGGUCCUGCUGAAAAACACCAUCACCUGAGUCAGUUUUAUCCGAAUAUGUAACUGUUGUUUUGUGGGUAACGCUGAGGUUAAGUACUGUGUGUGUGUGUGUGUGGCUGUGUCAUUCCAUUGAUAUUGAAGAGUAAGCUUAUACUUGAGGUAAAUAUGUGCACCUCUUCCUCUUGUACAUUAUGUUAAUGUAACGCAGACGUCUUAAUCUGAAAAGGUGACUCGAGUCAACUUGAUGUGGGAAAAUAGUUGACGUUCCUCGCAAAUUAUGACAUCAAUGAUGAUAUGAUAACUUCAACUCUAGCUGGGAGAGAAACUGACAAAUGUGAGGACCCAAAGUUUCCUGCAACACACUGACAGAAGAGUUCAUUACUGCUACUUUGCUUUCCCAAGUGUCAUAAUAUUCAGCUUUGUACCUGACCGUGAGAUACUAACUGCCAAUCAAAUGUUAGUCCUGUUUGGUUUUUUGUGUUUUCCUUUUUAUUUUUUAUUUUUUUUAAAGCACUUGAUUUUAUUUAGAACUGUGUGGUUCUUUCACAUUUUUGUAGAUGACACUAACGAGAUGUAAUUAAAGUUAAUGAUUCUGGA